AUGUCGGGGGUGGAAAUGGUCAGUGGAAGGAUCCAUGAGCGGCUGAAGCGGUUUGAGAAGCGAAGCCCCGUCCCCGUCCAAGAGCACGCAGCAAGUCUGGCCUCAGAAUUGGCGGAGGGGCUGAUACACCAAGGCUGGACCGAUGAAGUCAAAGAACUGGUUGCCCUCUUCUCCCAACCCAACUUUAAGAGUCUCCUGUGUGUCCAUGACGAUGUCGCUCAGAGAAACUUUGAGCCCAAUCUGCCACCGAUACCUGAUGAUGUGCUGGAGGAGGAUGAAGAUUCUGUCAAAAUUGUCAGUCUGGUCAAAACCAAAGACCCCCUGGGGGCAACAAUUAAAAUGGACAAAUCCACCGGGACUAUUGUUGUGGCGAGGAUCAUGAGAGGAGGUGCAGCUGAUAAAAGCGGCCUGAUCCAUGAAGGAGAUGAAUUGAAAGAGGUGAAUGGUGUCUCAUUGGAGCACAGGAAGCCAAAGGAAAUCCUUUCUCUUCUGGCUCGUUCUCAGGGUGAAGUUACCUUCACAAUCAUUCCUGCCUCCAAGGAAGAAAUGUCAUCAAACAAGACGCUGUUUAUGCAGGCACUUUUCGACUACGAUCCUAACGAGGAUCCCACCGUUCCGUGCAAGGACGCAGCGGUGGCCUUUAGAAGGGGCGAUGUCCUCCAGAUUGUCAGCAUGGAGGAUGACACCUGGUGGCAGGCCUGUCGCCUCGGGGACAGCAACACUCGGGCAGGGCUCAUCCCCUCGCAGCAGCUCCAUGAGAGGAGAGUUGCACUGCAGCGACCUAAAGCACUGUUCAAACCUCGACGAGUCAAACCACCAGUCAUGGAGGAUGUAGACUACGGAGCUAUAACAGGGAUCCACAUCGCUGGUUUAAGAAGGAGUUUCCGACUGGGGAGAAAGAGCAGCUGGGCCAGAGAAGCGGCUCGGUCCAGGAGGUGGAGCACAGGGUUUCACGGCGCAGUUCGCCCCCCUACCUACAAACAGGUGAUCCCCUUCCACAGAGACCCAAAGGACAAACACCGUCUGGUCGUUCUUGUUGGGCCCAGCGGCGUUGGCGUUAAUGAGCUGAAGAGGAGGCUCCUGCUCUCCGACCCUGACCACUAUGGCGUGACUGUGCCACACACCACGCGUGAGAAGAGAAGGCAGGAGAAUGAAGGGGUGGAUUAUAAUUUUGUUUCAAGUCACAUGUUUGAAGAGGAUAUUCUCAAUCAUAGGUUUGUAGAAUAUGGGAGAUACAGUGGACACUACUAUGGAACACGUCUAGACUCUGUGCACAGGGUGUUGGCUGAGGGCAAGGUGUGCCUCCUGUGUGUGCACCCUAAUAAGAUAAAGCAUGUGUACACAUCUGAAUUCAAACCAUACGUGGUGUUCGUGAAACCCCCACAGAUUGAGGAGCUACGCCUCACCAGGCGGAGAGUUAAAUUCAUCUGCGAUGUGGACGACAAGAAUUCGGUCAGGAUCUUUUCAGAGGAGGAUUUUGAGGACAUGAUUAACUUGGCUGAAACCUUGGAGAGCCAGUGCGGUCACUUGUUUGACAAGGUCAUCAUUAACGGAGAUAUCGUCGUGGCGUUCAAAGAGCUGAAGGCGGACCUUCAGAAGGUGGAAGAGGCAGAAGUCCACUGGGUUCCGUCAGAGUGGAUUUGCUCGUCGUCACCAACGAAGGCACGGAGAAGUUGUGGUCAUUUGGACAACUGGAUUUGAACUUUGAACUGAAAAAGAAACAAAGAAGAAAAGAACCCCCAAAAUGUUUUCCGAAUUGCAUGUAGUUCAAACUCAACACCUUGAACAUUGAAUUUUUGUCAUAUUUUAAAUACUUUUUUCCGUUUAUAAACAAGUCUUGAGAUUACUACAGUUUUCCAUAAUGGCCCUUAGUGUGUAUCUAAUUAGACAAACAGAAUCCAUCUAUCUCUCCCUCCAUCUGUUUAAGAGCCAGUUUUUCUGUUGGCAUUUGGCUGAAAAAACGUCGGCUCGCAGGACGGAGAAUAAGGGGAAAAAAAGGAAACUCUCCAGAGCAUUUGUGGCUGAGAGUAAUCCUUCCCUGCCAAGUUGCAAGCAUCGGCAUGUAAUUAUUCUGACAGCUGCCGCACUUCAAUUAACUGUAAUGUACACCAGAGAAAUAUUAUUAGUAGCAGUCAGGCAGGCAUUUUGCCAACAACAUGCUGUAAAAAAAAAAAGGGACACAAACAAGAUCAUCAGUCAAUUAAAGACUGUAGUUGAAGAAGAAGGAAAACCUGUUUAGUGGCUUUAAUUUUCAUAAUUGUGUACAUAUUGUAGAUGGACACUAUACAUGUUUUAACUAGUGAAUAUGUUUCAUAAUUAUUGUACUGUAGACACUGUAGAAACAUGGUUGUUGAAGAUUUUUAAGGGUUGAAUUUAUGUAUUUUCAAACACCUUACUCCAUUAUUGACCUUUAAUUUGUAAAGAAGUCUUUUUUUUAUAGACAAACAUAUUGAGAUAAUAAAGAAUAAUUGGCCAAGAGCCACCAUUA